UCUUCGCCUCUUGUUUGUUAGUCAAGGCAAUGACCUCCACCGGCCAGCCGGAGACAACAGUUGGAGACAUGCCGCAGGUGAGAAUUUUAGCAUGCCCGGAGGUUCCUCCUCUCUUUCUGCCUCACUAUACUGACACAGAGUCAGCCUUCAUCCCUCCCCACUGCUCCUACCACAGCCUGGGACACUGUCUGCGCACCAACAUCUUUCCAGGACCUCCUCUGGUGUGGAAGUCCUUGGUAAAAGACUCCUACAUCGUUCACCCCUUGCCCGCCCCUCCUACAGACCCCCAGCGUUGGUACGGCCGCAAGACUGAUGACAUGGUGAAAUGGACAGAAAGAAACAUUGUGAACCAGAAGUUGAACAAGGCGCUAAAGGCAAUGGAGAACAAAGGGUCUAAAUGAAGCCAUGGUGCAGUGGCCAUUUCACACCCUCACCGCAACGCCCAUGCACCUUCCACAUCAUUUACACCUCUUUUUACACAUAUAUCUACAUGCAAGCCCUUACAAAUUCUUUCUGGUACACUUGGUCACGUAUGCAUGCACACACAUGCACAUGCACACACACACAACCAUUGCCACAAACUCUCAAAACGUACAAAAAUAACCCACGCAAAAACAACAAUUUGUAUGUAGACACAAGUUCAUGAUCUCUCUUUUGCCGCAAUAAAAGCAGAACAGCAUCCUU